AUGUCGGGUGAGCAGUUACCAAACGAAAGAAGCCGCUUGCUUCAGCCUAAUGAUGAGGGUUCCCACGACUCGUCUUCGGCUUCGGCGGUAGAUCCUGAAUCAGCACACGACGACGACUAUGACGGUCACUCAAUUCGUCGACUUUCAUCCACAAAUCUUCCACCCUACCACGAAAACUACCCUGCGACCGAAGAGCCGUCGUCAGCAGUCGCAAUUUGGACUGUCGUUCCUGUGUCCCUCCUGGGUGUCUUUGUCGCCAACGCGGAUGGAUCGCUCGUCGUGGCUUCAAGCCAGUACAUCUCAUCGGAGUUUCACCAACUAGACAAAGCAUCAUGGCUGAUUAUGAGCUUCACAUUGGGCGUCUGUGCUAGUCAGCCGCUGUACGGUAAGCUAAGCGACAUUUUCGGUCGCAAGGCAAACUUGAUCGUUGCUUAUGUCUUCUUCACGGCGGGAUGCUUUCUCUGUGGUGCUGCACAGCAAUAUUGGCAUAUCCUUGCUGGUCGAGCCAUCUCGGGGAUUGGGGGAGCUGGAAUGACAGCACUGGUGUCUGUCAUUAUAGCUGACAUGGUUCCUGUUCGCGAUGUCGCAGCCUGGAGAAGUUAUGUUAACGUUGCUGCCACUACGGGACGCUCUCUGGGCGGUCCUGUCGGUGGAUGGCUGACUGAGACGGUCGGCUGGAGAUGGGCCUUCUAUGGACAGUGCCCACUCACUCUCGCUGGGCUGCUUCUUAUCAUGUUGAAACUUCCUCAUAAGUCGAACCAAACCGGCAAAAUACUCAGCCAGUCGUUCUCUCACAAAAUUCGGAGAGUCGACGCCUUUGGCGCCAUCACUCUGGCCGGUGCCAUAUGCUCGUUCCUACUUCUGCUGCAGACAACCACUGACAGAAUGGCAUGGCAGUAUUCCCUAGCCGCGGGGUUAUCUUUUGGGGUGCUCUCGGCCAGUUUUGUGGCGAUCGAGUACUCUCUCGUCGCUGAACCCAUUUUGCCGUUAGGCCUACUGGCCAAAAGAGCAGUUAUCACAUCAUAUCUGGUCGCUGGGGCUCAGAUCGCCGCUCAAUUCUCCAUGUUCUACCUAGUACCGGUAUAUUUUCAGCUUGCUGGAUACUCCGUCUCUGCUGCAGGCUUGCGACUUGUGCCUGCCGUGAUCGGUAAUGCAGUGGGCGGGUUGAUUUCUGGUGUUAUUAUCCAGGCCACUGGCCGCUAUAAACCUUUCACUAUCUUUGCAAGUACAGCGGCGUCGUUGGGAUAUUUAUUAAUUCUGCUUCGAUGGCACGGUACGACGCACUGGAUAGAGCUGACUUAUUUCUUUCUUGGUGGGUUCGGUUCAGGUGUCAUUCAGUCAACCAGCUUCGUCCAUCUUGCGGCAAGCCUCGACCAAUCCGAGAUUGCCAUCGCUGGAACCGUUCUUUAUCUCAUACAGAACAUCUUCCUUCUGGUGGGUAUUCAAAGCGCCACCGCUGUUCUGCAACAACAUCUCCAAUCGAGUCUUGCUCGAGAUCUAGAUGGGGUGAACGAUAAAGCUGAGGUAAUCAAGAAAGUAACCUCCAAUAUUCAACUCAUCUGGACCUUUCCCGACUACAUCAAGAACAUUGUCCUCCGGGACUAUUUCAACAGCCUCACGGCAGGUUAUGGCAAGCCAAUCCACCUUUGUCGAUUCUUCAAAGUCUAA